UCGGGGAUGGAACCCAAAACCUCGCUAUUGAAAAGCAAGCGUAUUCCAACUGAGCCACGAAUGGUUAUAUGCUCAGAUCAUAGAAAGGUUAUAUGCAAUAUGGUCAAAUUAGGCUACUUAUUCUCGAGUAAAAUCUAAAUAUCUAAAUACCCCCUAAACCAGCAUUCUUAAAUAUCUGAAUUUUUCGCAAAUCACUCAGUAAACAUGUCUCACAAGGAAGAAACUUAUGAUAUCGAUACGGCUUGUUUAGGCGCGACUAUGAAUCCGCCAUUUUGAAAAAUUUCCUAAAACUGGAUUGACAAAAAAAUUAUAUUUAGUCAUAGAAUAUGGUCAUAAAAUUUCACGCGAAUCGGUUGAGAAUUGCGACCUGUAGAGGAGAAAAUCCGGACAUACGAAAGCAGAUUGGCCGAGUCAAAACGUAGACCUACGCUACGCUUCGGUCAAUUAUUGUGUAUAUAUUCUGCCAACAAUAAGGUAGGUAAUCAGUACCUACGUGUUACAUCUGCGAAAUGUAAUCUAAGCGCCUCAGAAAAUGGCGUACCACCGUGUAUAAAGUGAUGUUUCAAAAUAAUGUAAAUGAGCUUAAAACAAGAGUUUUUUGCAGUGGAUUGUUAUUAUAUUGCUUUUAUUAUGUUUCUUGAUAUUAUUAGACUACAUUUUCAUAACGCACAAAGGCAUUUUUAAUUUUUAUUAUUUUUUUAUAUUUUGUUACAUGUGUAUUGUGUGGCAUCUCGCCAGUAGUAUUAAACGCAAUGAAGUGCCGGCACUUCAUUGAGGUGUAGAAACAUUUUGUACUAUAACUCAAACCUCAAUGGUUUUAACUGUUUUAAGAGGUUUUAAUCAUGUUCAUGUCACGUGUUCACUUUGACAAUCCAGCAAUCCGCCUCUAUUUCAAAUUAUUUUUGAUAUAAGUCAAUUAUUAAAACGUAGUGUUCGUCAAAGAGCAUAUAAUCACUACGUGUUCGUAUUUAAAAAUGACCCAAAAGUUUCUAUCUAAACUAAACAUAACUAAAUUAAAGACGAUUGUACUUUUUAAACACACCGAAGAUUUACCUAGUUACAGUAGGUAAUCUUGCAAAACGAACAGCAAACACACUCGACUGACCAUUUAUAGAUAUUAUUUCAUAGCAAGAAAUUUUACGAAUAGUAAUAUUUUAUUAACCGACUUCAAUUUCAUAGGAGGAGGUUCGGUAAUCAGUUUCUCAGUAUUCAAUUCUGUCUGAAAGUUCCCGUUGUUUGCCGCUGCAUUCAGAGUAACUUUGCUGCAGUUGCACGUGUUGCUAGGCAACGUGAACGUCAACAAUGCUUAUAGUCAACAAUCACUACGUCCUACCAAGGUGUUGUACGAAAUGAAAACGUAAAUAAUAAGUGUACUAUUUAUCAAUGUAAUUACUAUAAGUUAAGGAUAAAUCAAACAAAAAAUGGCGUGUAAAACUUCUUACGAACUACAUCAUAACUUCCCUAGACUAGCGGAGGAGACAGGAUUUGCCUUCAAUACACAUAGACCGCGGAUUCACAUAGACUGGAAUAAGAUUAGACUAAUCGAUAUUGACAGUUUAACAAGAGACCGGAAAUUCGCCCUAUUAGAACAGCAUGUGAACGACAUUUUGGACUGCGUGUUGGAGUCAGAAUUUGACGUCCGAAUACUUGACGAAGGUGUCGUGAAACUGUUCCGAUUGGCUCAGCUUGCCGUGGAGUAUCAGCAGUUCUGCCGGCACUACCUCGAUCGCAGCGUGUUUGUGCUGCGACAAGAAAUAGAUACGCUUGUACAGGAACUGGCUAACGCAAAAAAGGAUUUACAAGAAAAAGAAGACGAACUUAGAAAAUCACGAAGAAAAGUAAAACCUCACUAUAAACCCCUUCUUCCUUAUGGGAACGAUAAUAUUGCGGCAAUUAUAUUAAAAACUCUCACAAAUAAAGCAGACAUCUUUCCGUCGACUGUGAGCGGCGAAGUCCCACAGUAUAACAAAUGCCACUUUUGUGAUAAAGUGUUCAUGAACCAACUUUACCUUAAAAGUCACAUUUCUAGAAGACAUGCAAACCUUUUAGAUGAACCUCCUGAAAGAGAUGUAAAGGAAACUGAACCCACAGAAGUGAAUAAAAUUGGCAGCGAAAACAAUAAGCUCAAUGAAGAGAUAAACCAACUAAAAAUGAAAAUAAAAGAAAUGGAAAUUUUAAUUACAAAUAAUAAUAAAGUUUUGGUAGACAGUGAAGUGAUAAAAGCCAAUGAACACGUUGAGAGUGAUAAAUACAAAGAAAUGAGAGAUGUGGGGGUUUACGCUAAUAACGAUGACGUGUUUAAAAAACUCGAAGAAUGGAAAAAGACAGAACAAGCGAAUCACACUAAAGAGAUCGACAUGUUACGUAAUCAAAUUUUCGAAACAUUAAAUAGUUUUAAAGUGAAAGAAAUUGAAAAACCUAUUGAAAAUGACAAAUCAAUAAUUGAUCAACUACAUAAGACAAUAAAAGACCAGGGCGCAGAAAUACUAUCAUUGCAGCAGGCACUUACUCAAACAAAAAUGAAAAGUGAUCAUGAUGACAUGGAACGUAAAAGAGAAAUUGAGGAACAAAUGUUACAAUGGGUGCGGCGGGACGAAGCCCAAUCAAAACAGUACGAAACACUGGUUCAGAAACUAAACGAAGUAGCGAAGGAAGCACGGGAAUCACGAGCAGCGGCCGACGCGGAGCGCCAGCGAGCAGGACAACUGGAGGCUCUUCUGAAGGAACGUCUGCGUCACACACACGCUGGCGGCUCCUCAGACGGUGGUUCGGUUUCCAAUACACAGGAAGAAUGUGAUGAUAUAGAUCCAAUAUUAGACGAACCAAGAAUUAUUAAGGCACCAAACCCGGCCGUGAAGCAUAAUAGCUUAGAACAUCUACAUCGUAAAGCUCAGGAACUACUUAACAUGGACUCGAGCAGUAUAUCUGAUUCUUCUAGUUCAGAAAGAUUUUCCAAUAAUCAGACAGUAAAGACAAACACCAACACAGUAAGCGAAAAGUCUGCAUCAAAAGAACGCGUGAAGAAGUACUUAAAGCAACACGACGAUAAUACGUCGUCAAAGAAAAUUAAUACAGAAACCAAUAAGCCCAAAGCAAUUUCUAUUAAUAAAACCAAUGACAAGAGACCAGUUCCCCAGAAACGAAAAAAGGCAAAGAAAGAUUCAGUACAAUCUCAUCAGAAGGAACAAUUAAAACCAUCUCCUCAUUUAAUUAUGAAGCAACAAAACGGCCCUAUACUUCCUCCAGGAAGCCCUCUCAAAGUGGUUCGCGCAAAAAUUACAGAAGAAGUCAACAGUAGACUUGUGCAAGCCGGCGUGGACCCACUCAAGAGUAAACUAAGCCAGAAUCUGUAUCAAAAGCAGAAAGCACAAUUACAACAGCAAUUAGAAAUAAAAACUAAGAAAUAUCCUGCUUACGAACAAGUAAGAUACACUAUUAUGGCAUAUUUGGAUUCAGAUGCUUCUGGUAAAAAGGGAGAUGUUAUGGUAGAAAACAAUAUGACGGAUUCCAAUGCUUUGACUAAAGCUUUUAGUCUUAGUUCGAUGAUAUCAAAUGUAAAAACGAAGGCUUUAUCUUUAGUUAAAAACAAAGAGGUAAAAACCAAGAAUAAACACAAAAGAUCAAAGUCUGAACUUGCUAAAAAAGCUCUGAAGUUGCUAAGGACUCCGCCUGAAUCCCCAGUAGUUUCAAACGUUCAUCACUCAAGCCCACCGGUUUCUGAUGAAGAUAAGAUUUUUGACAGGAGACCCGAUUACGAGACGACAACUGAAGAUAAAUAUGUGAAGCCUCACCUUAUCAAAAGAAAAACGGAGUUGCCAACUCAAGUUCACUUAGAAAGUGAUUCUGAUAGUCCAACUAAUACGAACCCAUCUAUCCCCCACAGGCCAGCAAGGUCUAUAGACAACUUGAUAAGAUCUCCGGCACGAAGGCCCUCAUCAGCGACUGCAGACUAUAGUAAUACUAUUCUUAAAUACACUAGUCGUAGUAACAACGAUCAUCUAAUUCGUACUCAAUCCGCGACAGACAUUUUGGAAUUCGGAACUGAAGAUGGAGAAAUCAAUAAAAAAGGGUGGAAAACUCCAAGUAAUGAUGAUAUUCAAGAGCUUUUGGAGAUUAACAAAGUACCUAAAAGUGAAAGUAAUAGGUCUAGCCCUAAACAAACCAAAAGCGUUCUGAAAAAUGCAUCUUCGACAUCGUCACUCAAUAAGAAGAAAGUUAUAUUUGAUAUGGAUGCUAUACAAAUGAAAUCAGUUAGCGCGUCGCCUUCACAAAGCCUAACUGAAAAAAGCGAUGAUAAAUAUGAACUGGGGUUGAUCAACAUCGGAGAUGAUGAAUGGGAUAUAUCUAGCAUCGAAAAUGAGCCCAUAAAGAGUGAUACCAAGAUACGCGUGAAUGUCGGACAAAGUCCAAAGAUAGCCGAACUAAAGCAAACUAUAGAAGCUCAGCUAGCACGUCGCAGUGAGACACCUUCCAACGCACUUUUUGGAGGAGUUGACGUAUUAAGAGGGCCUAUGAACAAGUCUUCCAACGUCGGCGGGAGUAACACGAGUCUAGGCAGCUCAAUCUUGGACGAGUCGGACAGUGCCAAAAUAUUGAACCAAAAAAAUAUAAGCGUGGUAAAACCAAAACAUAACGCUGAAAAAGAUGACAGUGAAUUGGACAUUUCUGAUUUUAGCGUUGACGGAUUGACUAAUAAGAAUGAAAAAGAUUCUUUUUAGAAUAUUUUUUAAGUUGUAAUAAACCCUAUUUAUAUAAAAAAAUCCUGAAGACUAAAAAUAUAGGGACCGUACGCGUUGGAGGGUCUGCCAUCGUGUGGCCUGAAUUGGAACCAUAAACAUGUACAUUUAAACAUCAAUGUUUUCUUGUGCAUAGUAGGUUCUGCCAUCUUGUGGGCUACAUCGGAACUAUAAACUUCACAUUUACGCCUCGCGCCAAAAAUCGGACGGCUCCUGUGCUGCCUCCUACAGUUCAUGCACGCUCCGUAAAUGUCAUUAACCUAUGUUUGAAGUCGGUGUCAAGCAGUGUCAAGCCAAAUCUUAAAAACGUCAAACGUCGCUGUCAAGCAUAAUACGAACGCUGGUGCGCUUCGAUGAGAAAGAAAGCUGUCCUUUACUUGCUUGGGGUUAUUAUUGACCAAAACCUAUUGUAAAUAUUAGGCUUGGCACAGAUUCCGAACAUAUCAGUUGCUAGUACGCAUAUUAAAGGGUUAAUAUUA